CUAUAUAUAAAUUUUCGUUAACGCUGACGCUCGAUGUCACACUUUGCGUUACGCUGUUUCUAUCUCGCCCGUUCUGCCUUCGCUGCCGUAUAACACCAUCACGCUCGCACGACCGCACGACGAAUACCCCUACCAUCGUGAGCACGACCAACGCUGCAGGGGUGCUCAACCGUUUCCUCGCUUUCCGAACUCGACCGAGCAGUGCGCACACUAUCGACUCGCCCUUGCGAGCCCCUGCCAGCGCAUGCGCGUACGAGCAAGCGAGCGAGCGAGCGAACGAUCGAGUUGGCUACGCGAUAUGAUAUAUUUUUUGACAAAACGAAUAUCGUUUAUUAAUACGGUUAUAGGUGCGAUUUACACUUUUUUAAGUUGAUUUCCAGUUUUUUUUAGUUUAGUUUGAGUAUUAGGUUAAUUUCUUUAGGUGCGCAUGGUGAAGUAUAGUGUAGUGUAGUUUAGAAAAGUGUUGUGUAUUGUAGUGUAGUUUAGUACGCAGGGCAGUGUAGAUUUAGUGUAAGGAGAUUAUUUUCGUAACGUACGUUUCGUGUACGUUUUGUGGUUCAAUUUGUUGUUCCUGCGUGGAACGUGUGUUCCUGUGUUCCUGUGUUCCUGUGUUUCUGUGUUCCGGCGUUUUCUUGCAAUUCUGUUUUUGCUACGAUAUGGAGCAUAAUGAGGAAAGUGUGGGCAACGGUUGCCCUAUGAUUGACAUCAUGUCAGCCCCAGUUACAGAACCCUAUCCACAAACCAUGCAGCCCUCCGUAAGUGAUAUCGUCUCACAGAAUCUCACUCCACCGGAAGAAACUCCGAACGAAAAGAAAGCAAGGCUUCAAAGGAAGCGACAGGCGUUGUACAGGGCCAAGAAGCGCCUCCCGGGUGCAGCUCCUACGCUGGCAGCUGUACAGGACGACCAACAGGCUGUACCUUCAACUUUGGCCGGGUCAUCCUUAUCAGCAGCUUCUGCAAUCCUGCAACAACAACAACGAAGGAAUACGGACGACGAAUUGCUCAAUGAAAUCGCUGGACGAUACUCCACCCCACCGGAUGAAACACCACCCGAGAAGAAGGCAAGGCUCGCCAGAAAGCGACAAGCGCUGUACAGGGCCAAGAAGCGCCUCGCGGGAGCAGCUCCUACGGUGGCAGCUGUACAGGACGACCAACAGGCUGUACCGUCUACUUCGGCCGGGACAUCCUUAUCAGGAGCUCCAGCAAUCUUGCAACAACAACAACUACGAAGGAAUAUUGACGAUGAUUUGCUCAAUGAAAUCGCUGGACGGUACUCCACCCCACCGGAUGAAACACCACCCGAGAAGAAGGCAAGGCUCGCCAGAAAGCGACAGGCACUGUACAAUGCCAGGAAGCGCAUGGUGCAAACUCCGAAUGUCGCAACUGUGGUCAACCGCGCCCCAGCACCAGCAUCAGCACCAGUACCAGCACCAGCACCAGCACCAACACCAGCAUUGGUAGACCCAACUGCAGCAGUUGCUAUCCGAGUGCCAAUACAUCAGCAGCUACAAACAUACGUGCGCCAUCUUCGCGACCAUGAAGCAGAUCAGCAGCGACAAUUCAUAGCCCGGCGUCGUAUGACCGGCCAUCUGAGAGUAGCACAUGGGAACCAUGAGUCGUACAGUUGUCCCUCGCUUCAUACGCUUGCACCACGCGUACCUUGCAAUUUCUGUUCCGCUCUCAAGUGGCCUGGAGAGCCGCCCAGUGUGUGCUGCAACAGUGGACAAGUUGUGCUUCCACCGUUUCCCGAACCGCCAGCAGAGUUGCGCCAACUAUUUGACGUGCCGCAAUUUCUGCUCAACAUCCGGCGAUACAAUAAUGCGUUUGCCUUCACCUCUAUCGGUGCCUCAAUACGAGGAAAUGACCCAGUACGCCAGGAUCUACGAGUCGGUCACGGUGGAAUUUACAACUAUCGCAUACAAGGUGCGCUUUGCCAUCGAAUCGGUUCGCUCGCUGUGCUUCCAGGACGUCCACCAUGCUACGCACAGCUGUACUUUUAUGAUUCAAGCUCGGAGGGUCAGUACGACGAAAUGCUGAACGCUCGGGCCAUAGCAUAUGGUAGUGAGCUGAAUCGUGAAAUAUUGGCCAUUUUGCAACGUGUUUUUUCGACUCACAAUCCGAUUGCAGAGAUGUUUAAGCAUGCGUACGAACGGAUGUCUGUUCGAGAUGAUCUGCGGCUUUGCAUCCACUCGCGUAUACCAGGCAUCGAUCAACGGCGUUACAAUGCACCGACUGCAGAUGAAGUUGGUGGCGUGUUCGUGUGCGAUGAUACUACCGGAGCCACGGAACAUACACGCGAUAUUGUGCUGCAGCAUCGUGCCACAGGAUACUUGCAGCCUGUGUUUGAUACCAACCAGUUGGCAGAUGCACUCCAAUACCCGAUUCUGUUUCCGCGGGGUGAAACCGGUUGGACUUACGGUAUGCCAAAGGUACAGCGCCGAACCAGACAGCAGCAACAACCAAGCAGACCAACAAGUUCGAGCAACGGAGCGGCGCACAUAGAUGAAAAUGAUGAUGCUGCUGAGGAUCCUAAUCCUGAGUUGGAUGGAGCAGAGCGUUCAGCAAAUCAAAUAACAUAGCCGCAUAGCCUGGCGGGAAAACGCUCAAACGCUUAUGCAUCGUGCCGGACGAUUGUUUCAGCAGUACUGUGUAGACCAGUACUGUAAGAUAGAGAUGCAGCGGUUGAAAUAUUUGCGAGAGCACCAGGCACAACUUCGCACUGAGGCGUACACGGGCUUUAUGGAUCUUGCCGGCGCUGAAGGUACCAUCGCGGAUCUUCAUCCCGAUAAUUUGCCUAAUGUGGCUGUGGAAAUCCCUGUAGUGCAAGAACCACCUGUUGCACCCCGUCGUUCCAUCAUCGAUCCGCCCUCGAACCUGUCGCGUACGGGCACGCGUGUUAUUCUCGGACCAUCAUUUGUCGGUAGCAAUCGAUAUAUGCGAGCGCAAUAUCAAGACGCAAUAUCCCCACAUUUCCAGGCUCUCCAGCAAUCUUUCCUUGGAAUGCCAUGAGACUUCCAAUUUCCACGAGGAACGAGGUGGCAUGCUCCAGUUGUUUCUGUGCAGCCUGGAGUUUCCGUGCGUAGCACUGUAACCGGGCCUCUUAAGCUAGUCUAUAUAUAAAUUUUCGUUAACGCUGACGCUCGAUGUCACACUUUGCGUUACGCUGUUUCUAUCUCGCCCGUUCUGCCUUCGCUGCCGUAUAACACCAUCACGCUCGCACGACCGCACGACGAAUACCCCUACCAUCGUGAGCACGACCAACGCUGCAGGGGUGCUCAACCGUUUCCUCGCUUUCCGAACUCGACCGAGCAGUGCGCACACUAUCGACUCGCCCUUGCGAGCCCCUGCCAGCGCAUGCGCGUACGAGCAAGCGAGCGAGCGAGCGAACGAUCGAGUUGGCUACGCGAUAUGAUAUAUUUUUUGACAAAACGAAUAUCGUUUAUUAAUACGGUUAUAGGUGCGAUUUACACUUUUUUAAGUUGAUUUCCAGUUUUUUUUAGUUUAGUUUGAGUAUUAGGUUAAUUUCUUUAGGUGCGCAUGGUGAAGUAUAGUGUAGUGUAGUUUAGAAAAGUGUUGUGUAUUGUAGUGUAGUUUAGUACGCAGGGCAGUGUAGAUUUAGUGUAAGGAGAUUAUUUUCGUAACGUACGUUUCGUGUACGUUUUGUGGUUCAAUUUGUUGUUCCUGCGUGGAACGUGUGUUCCUGUGUUCCUGUGUUCCUGUGUUUCUGUGUUCCGGCGUUUUCUUGCAAUUCUGUUUUUGCUACGAUAUGGAGCAUAAUGAGGAAAGUGUGGGCAACGGUUGCCCUAUGAUUGACAUCAUGUCAGCCCCAGUUACAGAACCCUAUCCACAAACCAUGCAGCCCUCCGUAAGUGAUAUCGUCUCACAGAAUCUCACUCCACCGGAAGAAACUCCGAACGAAAAGAAAGCAAGGCUUCAAAGGAAGCGACAGGCGUUGUACAGGGCCAAGAAGCGCCUCCCGGGUGCAGCUCCUACGCUGGCAGCUGUACAGGACGACCAACAGGCUGUACCUUCAACUUUGGCCGGGUCAUCCUUAUCAGCAGCUUCUGCAAUCCUGCAACAACAACAACGAAGGAAUACGGACGACGAAUUGCUCAAUGAAAUCGCUGGACGAUACUCCACCCCACCGGAUGAAACACCACCCGAGAAGAAGGCAAGGCUCGCCAGAAAGCGACAAGCGCUGUACAGGGCCAAGAAGCGCCUCGCGGGAGCAGCUCCUACGGUGGCAGCUGUACAGGACGACCAACAGGCUGUACCGUCUACUUCGGCCGGGACAUCCUUAUCAGGAGCUCCAGCAAUCUUGCAACAACAACAACUACGAAGGAAUAUUGACGAUGAUUUGCUCAAUGAAAUCGCUGGACGGUACUCCACCCCACCGGAUGAAACACCACCCGAGAAGAAGGCAAGGCUCGCCAGAAAGCGACAGGCACUGUACAAUGCCAGGAAGCGCAUGGUGCAAACUCCGAAUGUCGCAACUGUGGUCAACCGCGCCCCAGCACCAGCAUCAGCACCAGUACCAGCACCAGCACCAGCACCAACACCAGCAUUGGUAGACCCAACUGCAGCAGUUGCUAUCCGAGUGCCAAUACAUCAGCAGCUACAAACAUACGUGCGCCAUCUUCGCGACCAUGAAGCAGAUCAGCAGCGACAAUUCAUAGCCCGGCGUCGUAUGACCGGCCAUCUGAGAGUAGCACAUGGGAACCAUGAGUCGUACAGUUGUCCCUCGCUUCAUACGCUUGCACCACGCGUACCUUGCAAUUUCUGUUCCGCUCUCAAGUGGCCUGGAGAGCCGCCCAGUGUGUGCUGCAACAGUGGACAAGUUGUGCUUCCACCGUUUCCCGAACCGCCAGCAGAGUUGCGCCAACUAUUUGACGUGCCGCAAUUUCUGCUCAACAUCCGGCGAUACAAUAAUGCGUUUGCCUUCACCUCUAUCGGUGCCUCAAUACGAGGAAAUGACCCAGUACGCCAGGAUCUACGAGUCGGUCACGGUGGAAUUUACAACUAUCGCAUACAAGGUGCGCUUUGCCAUCGAAUCGGUUCGCUCGCUGUGCUUCCAGGACGUCCACCAUGCUACGCACAGCUGUACUUUUAUGAUUCAAGCUCGGAGGGUCAGUACGACGAAAUGCUGAACGCUCGGGCCAUAGCAUAUGGUAGUGAGCUGAAUCGUGAAAUAUUGGCCAUUUUGCAACGUGUUUUUUCGACUCACAAUCCGAUUGCAGAGAUGUUUAAGCAUGCGUACGAACGGAUGUCUGUUCGAGAUGAUCUGCGGCUUUGCAUCCACUCGCGUAUACCAGGCAUCGAUCAACGGCGUUACAAUGCACCGACUGCAGAUGAAGUUGGUGGCGUGUUCGUGUGCGAUGAUACUACCGGAGCCACGGAACAUACACGCGAUAUUGUGCUGCAGCAUCGUGCCACAGGAUACUUGCAGCCUGUGUUUGAUACCAACCAGUUGGCAGAUGCACUCCAAUACCCGAUUCUGUUUCCGCGGGGUGAAACCGGUUGGACUUACGGUAUGCCAAAGGUACAGCGCCGAACCAGACAGCAGCAACAACCAAGCAGACCAACAAGUUCGAGCAACGGAGCGGCGCACAUAGAUGAAAAUGAUGAUGCUGCUGAGGAUCCUAAUCCUGAGUUGGAUGGAGCAGAGCGUUCAGCAAAUCAAAUAACAUAGCCGCAUAGCCUGGCGGGAAAACGCUCAAACGCUUAUGCAUCGUGCCGGACGAUUGUUUCAGCAGUACUGUGUAGACCAGUACUGUAAGAUAGAGAUGCAGCGGUUGAAAUAUUUGCGAGAGCACCAGGCACAACUUCGCACUGAGGCGUACACGGGCUUUAUGGAUCUUGCCGGCGCUGAAGGUACCAUCGCGGAUCUUCAUCCCGAUAAUUUGCCUAAUGUGGCUGUGGAAAUCCCUGUAGUGCAAGAACCACCUGUUGCACCCCGUCGUUCCAUCAUCGAUCCGCCCUCGAACCUGUCGCGUACGGGCACGCGUGUUAUUCUCGGACCAUCAUUUGUCGGUAGCAAUCGAUAUAUGCGAGCGCAAUAUCAAGACGCAAUAUCCCCACAUUUCCAGGCUCUCCAGCAAUCUUUCCUUGGAAUGCCAUGAGACUUCCAAUUUCCACGAGGAACGAGGUGGCAUGCUCCAGUUGUUUCUGUGCAGCCUGGAGUUUCCGUGCGUAGCACUGUAACCGGGCCUCUUAAGCUAGUCUAUAUAUAAAUUUUCGUUAACGCUGACGCUCGAUGUCACACUUUGCGUUACGCUGUUUCUAUCUCGCCCGUUCUGCCUUCGCUGCCGUAUAACACCAUCACGCUCGCACGACCGCACGACGAAUACCCCUACCAUCGUGAGCACGACCAACGCUGCAGGGGUGCUCAACCGUUUCCUCGCUUUCCGAACUCGACCGAGCAGUGCGCACACUAUCGACUCGCCCUUGCGAGCCCCUGCCAGCGCAUGCGCGUACGAGCAAGCGAGCGAGCGAGCGAACGAUCGAGUUGGCUACGCGAUAUGAUAUAUUUUUUGACAAAACGAAUAUCGUUUAUUAAUACGGUUAUAGGUGCGAUUUACACUUUUUUAAGUUGAUUUCCAGUUUUUUUUAGUUUAGUUUGAGUAUUAGGUUAAUUUCUUUAGGUGCGCAUGGUGAAGUAUAGUGUAGUGUAGUUUAGAAAAGUGUUGUGUAUUGUAGUGUAGUUUAGUACGCAGGGCAGUGUAGAUUUAGUGUAAGGAGAUUAUUUUCGUAACGUACGUUUCGUGUACGUUUUGUGGUUCAAUUUGUUGUUCCUGCGUGGAACGUGUGUUCCUGUGUUCCUGUGUUCCUGUGUUUCUGUGUUCCGGCGUUUUCUUGCAAUUCUGUUUUUGCUACGAUAUGGAGCAUAAUGAGGAAAGUGUGGGCAACGGUUGCCCUAUGAUUGACAUCAUGUCAGCCCCAGUUACAGAACCCUAUCCACAAACCAUGCAGCCCUCCGUAAGUGAUAUCGUCUCACAGAAUCUCACUCCACCGGAAGAAACUCCGAACGAAAAGAAAGCAAGGCUUCAAAGGAAGCGACAGGCGUUGUACAGGGCCAAGAAGCGCCUCCCGGGUGCAGCUCCUACGCUGGCAGCUGUACAGGACGACCAACAGGCUGUACCUUCAACUUUGGCCGGGUCAUCCUUAUCAGCAGCUUCUGCAAUCCUGCAACAACAACAACGAAGGAAUACGGACGACGAAUUGCUCAAUGAAAUCGCUGGACGAUACUCCACCCCACCGGAUGAAACACCACCCGAGAAGAAGGCAAGGCUCGCCAGAAAGCGACAAGCGCUGUACAGGGCCAAGAAGCGCCUCGCGGGAGCAGCUCCUACGGUGGCAGCUGUACAGGACGACCAACAGGCUGUACCGUCUACUUCGGCCGGGACAUCCUUAUCAGGAGCUCCAGCAAUCUUGCAACAACAACAACUACGAAGGAAUAUUGACGAUGAUUUGCUCAAUGAAAUCGCUGGACGGUACUCCACCCCACCGGAUGAAACACCACCCGAGAAGAAGGCAAGGCUCGCCAGAAAGCGACAGGCACUGUACAAUGCCAGGAAGCGCAUGGUGCAAACUCCGAAUGUCGCAACUGUGGUCAACCGCGCCCCAGCACCAGCAUCAGCACCAGUACCAGCACCAGCACCAGCACCAACACCAGCAUUGGUAGACCCAACUGCAGCAGUUGCUAUCCGAGUGCCAAUACAUCAGCAGCUACAAACAUACGUGCGCCAUCUUCGCGACCAUGAAGCAGAUCAGCAGCGACAAUUCAUAGCCCGGCGUCGUAUGACCGGCCAUCUGAGAGUAGCACAUGGGAACCAUGAGUCGUACAGUUGUCCCUCGCUUCAUACGCUUGCACCACGCGUACCUUGCAAUUUCUGUUCCGCUCUCAAGUGGCCUGGAGAGCCGCCCAGUGUGUGCUGCAACAGUGGACAAGUUGUGCUUCCACCGUUUCCCGAACCGCCAGCAGAGUUGCGCCAACUAUUUGACGUGCCGCAAUUUCUGCUCAACAUCCGGCGAUACAAUAAUGCGUUUGCCUUCACCUCUAUCGGUGCCUCAAUACGAGGAAAUGACCCAGUACGCCAGGAUCUACGAGUCGGUCACGGUGGAAUUUACAACUAUCGCAUACAAGGUGCGCUUUGCCAUCGAAUCGGUUCGCUCGCUGUGCUUCCAGGACGUCCACCAUGCUACGCACAGCUGUACUUUUAUGAUUCAAGCUCGGAGGGUCAGUACGACGAAAUGCUGAACGCUCGGGCCAUAGCAUAUGGUAGUGAGCUGAAUCGUGAAAUAUUGGCCAUUUUGCAACGUGUUUUUUCGACUCACAAUCCGAUUGCAGAGAUGUUUAAGCAUGCGUACGAACGGAUGUCUGUUCGAGAUGAUCUGCGGCUUUGCAUCCACUCGCGUAUACCAGGCAUCGAUCAACGGCGUUACAAUGCACCGACUGCAGAUGAAGUUGGUGGCGUGUUCGUGUGCGAUGAUACUACCGGAGCCACGGAACAUACACGCGAUAUUGUGCUGCAGCAUCGUGCCACAGGAUACUUGCAGCCUGUGUUUGAUACCAACCAGUUGGCAGAUGCACUCCAAUACCCGAUUCUGUUUCCGCGGGGUGAAACCGGUUGGACUUACGGUAUGCCAAAGGUACAGCGCCGAACCAGACAGCAGCAACAACCAAGCAGACCAACAAGUUCGAGCAACGGAGCGGCGCACAUAGAUGAAAAUGAUGAUGCUGCUGAGGAUCCUAAUCCUGAGUUGGAUGGAGCAGAGCGUUCAGCAAAUCAAAUAACAUAGCCGCAUAGCCUGGCGGGAAAACGCUCAAACGCUUAUGCAUCGUGCCGGACGAUUGUUUCAGCAGUACUGUGUAGACCAGUACUGUAAGAUAGAGAUGCAGCGGUUGAAAUAUUUGCGAGAGCACCAGGCACAACUUCGCACUGAGGCGUACACGGGCUUUAUGGAUCUUGCCGGCGCUGAAGGUACCAUCGCGGAUCUUCAUCCCGAUAAUUUGCCUAAUGUGGCUGUGGAAAUCCCUGUAGUGCAAGAACCACCUGUUGCACCCCGUCGUUCCAUCAUCGAUCCGCCCUCGAACCUGUCGCGUACGGGCACGCGUGUUAUUCUCGGACCAUCAUUUGUCGGUAGCAAUCGAUAUAUGCGAGCGCAAUAUCAAGACGCAAUAUCCCCACAUUUCCAGGCUCUCCAGCAAUCUUUCCUUGGAAUGCCAUGAGACUUCCAAUUUCCACGAGGAACGAGGUGGCAUGCUCCAGUUGUUUCUGUGCAGCCUGGAGUUUCCGUGCGUAGCACUGUAACCGGGCCUCUUAAGCUAGUCUAUAUAUAAAUUUUCGUUAACGCUGACGCUCGAUGUCACACUUUGCGUUACGCUGUUUCUAUCUCGCCCGUUCUGCCUUCGCUGCCGUAUAACACCAUCACGCUCGCACGACCGCACGACGAAUACCCCUACCAUCGUGAGCACGACCAACGCUGCAGGGGUGCUCAACCGUUUCCUCGCUUUCCGAACUCGACCGAGCAGUGCGCACACUAUCGACUCGCCCUUGCGAGCCCCUGCCAGCGCAUGCGCGUACGAGCAAGCGAGCGAGCGAGCGAACGAUCGAGUUGGCUACGCGAUAUGAUAUAUUUUUUGACAAAACGAAUAUCGUUUAUUAAUACGGUUAUAGGUGCGAUUUACACUUUUUUAAGUUGAUUUCCAGUUUUUUUUAGUUUAGUUUGAGUAUUAGGUUAAUUUCUUUAGGUGCGCAUGGUGAAGUAUAGUGUAGUGUAGUUUAGAAAAGUGUUGUGUAUUGUAGUGUAGUUUAGUACGCAGGGCAGUGUAGAUUUAGUGUAAGGAGAUUAUUUUCGUAACGUACGUUUCGUGUACGUUUUGUGGUUCAAUUUGUUGUUCCUGCGUGGAACGUGUGUUCCUGUGUUCCUGUGUUCCUGUGUUUCUGUGUUCCGGCGUUUUCUUGCAAUUCUGUUUUUGCUACGAUAUGGAGCAUAAUGAGGAAAGUGUGGGCAACGGUUGCCCUAUGAUUGACAUCAUGUCAGCCCCAGUUACAGAACCCUAUCCACAAACCAUGCAGCCCUCCGUAAGUGAUAUCGUCUCACAGAAUCUCACUCCACCGGAAGAAACUCCGAACGAAAAGAAAGCAAGGCUUCAAAGGAAGCGACAGGCGUUGUACAGGGCCAAGAAGCGCCUCCCGGGUGCAGCUCCUACGCUGGCAGCUGUACAGGACGACCAACAGGCUGUACCUUCAACUUUGGCCGGGUCAUCCUUAUCAGCAGCUUCUGCAAUCCUGCAACAACAACAACGAAGGAAUACGGACGACGAAUUGCUCAAUGAAAUCGCUGGACGAUACUCCACCCCACCGGAUGAAACACCACCCGAGAAGAAGGCAAGGCUCGCCAGAAAGCGACAAGCGCUGUACAGGGCCAAGAAGCGCCUCGCGGGAGCAGCUCCUACGGUGGCAGCUGUACAGGACGACCAACAGGCUGUACCGUCUACUUCGGCCGGGACAUCCUUAUCAGGAGCUCCAGCAAUCUUGCAACAACAACAACUACGAAGGAAUAUUGACGAUGAUUUGCUCAAUGAAAUCGCUGGACGGUACUCCACCCCACCGGAUGAAACACCACCCGAGAAGAAGGCAAGGCUCGCCAGAAAGCGACAGGCACUGUACAAUGCCAGGAAGCGCAUGGUGCAAACUCCGAAUGUCGCAACUGUGGUCAACCGCGCCCCAGCACCAGCAUCAGCACCAGUACCAGCACCAGCACCAGCACCAACACCAGCAUUGGUAGACCCAACUGCAGCAGUUGCUAUCCGAGUGCCAAUACAUCAGCAGCUACAAACAUACGUGCGCCAUCUUCGCGACCAUGAAGCAGAUCAGCAGCGACAAUUCAUAGCCCGGCGUCGUAUGACCGGCCAUCUGAGAGUAGCACAUGGGAACCAUGAGUCGUACAGUUGUCCCUCGCUUCAUACGCUUGCACCACGCGUACCUUGCAAUUUCUGUUCCGCUCUCAAGUGGCCUGGAGAGCCGCCCAGUGUGUGCUGCAACAGUGGACAAGUUGUGCUUCCACCGUUUCCCGAACCGCCAGCAGAGUUGCGCCAACUAUUUGACGUGCCGCAAUUUCUGCUCAACAUCCGGCGAUACAAUAAUGCGUUUGCCUUCACCUCUAUCGGUGCCUCAAUACGAGGAAAUGACCCAGUACGCCAGGAUCUACGAGUCGGUCACGGUGGAAUUUACAACUAUCGCAUACAAGGUGCGCUUUGCCAUCGAAUCGGUUCGCUCGCUGUGCUUCCAGGACGUCCACCAUGCUACGCACAGCUGUACUUUUAUGAUUCAAGCUCGGAGGGUCAGUACGACGAAAUGCUGAACGCUCGGGCCAUAGCAUAUGGUAGUGAGCUGAAUCGUGAAAUAUUGGCCAUUUUGCAACGUGUUUUUUCGACUCACAAUCCGAUUGCAGAGAUGUUUAAGCAUGCGUACGAACGGAUGUCUGUUCGAGAUGAUCUGCGGCUUUGCAUCCACUCGCGUAUACCAGGCAUCGAUCAACGGCGUUACAAUGCACCGACUGCAGAUGAAGUUGGUGGCGUGUUCGUGUGCGAUGAUACUACCGGAGCCACGGAACAUACACGCGAUAUUGUGCUGCAGCAUCGUGCCACAGGAUACUUGCAGCCUGUGUUUGAUACCAACCAGUUGGCAGAUGCACUCCAAUACCCGAUUCUGUUUCCGCGGGGUGAAACCGGUUGGACUUACGGUAUGCCAAAGGUACAGCGCCGAACCAGACAGCAGCAACAACCAAGCAGACCAACAAGUUCGAGCAACGGAGCGGCGCACAUAGAUGAAAAUGAUGAUGCUGCUGAGGAUCCUAAUCCUGAGUUGGAUGGAGCAGAGCGUUCAGCAAAUCAAAUAACAUAGCCGCAUAGCCUGGCGGGAAAACGCUCAAACGCUUAUGCAUCGUGCCGGACGAUUGUUUCAGCAGUACUGUGUAGACCAGUACUGUAAGAUAGAGAUGCAGCGGUUGAAAUAUUUGCGAGAGCACCAGGCACAACUUCGCACUGAGGCGUACACGGGCUUUAUGGAUCUUGCCGGCGCUGAAGGUACCAUCGCGGAUCUUCAUCCCGAUAAUUUGCCUAAUGUGGCUGUGGAAAUCCCUGUAGUGCAAGAACCACCUGUUGCACCCCGUCGUUCCAUCAUCGAUCCGCCCUCGAACCUGUCGCGUACGGGCACGCGUGUUAUUCUCGGACCAUCAUUUGUCGGUAGCAAUCGAUAUAUGCGAGCGCAAUAUCAAGACGCAAUAUCCCCACAUUUCCAGGCUCUCCAGCAAUCUUUCCUUGGAAUGCCAUGAGACUUCCAAUUUCCACGAGGAACGAGGUGGCAUGCUCCAGUUGUUUCUGUGCAGCCUGGAGUUUCCGUGCGUAGCACUGUAACCGGGCCUCUUAAGCUAGUCAAAACAAACAAUCAAACUAGCAGGGCCAAACACA